AUGCAGCUACCUGACCAGACGCAGUGUCUGGAGGAGACGCAGUGCUCCACCUCCUCCGCCGCCGCCUCCUCCACCGCCGCCACCUCCGCCACCUCCGCUCCCACCGCCACCGCCGCCGCUGCCUCCGCCUCCACUGCCGCCACCGACACCUCCACCCCCACCACCACUCCCACCACCACCGCCACCCCCUCCACUGCCGCCACCCGCCACCUCCGCCACCCCCGCCAGCCCCUCCAGCACCCUUGCCCCCCUUGCCCUUGCCGGUGCGGCUCAACCCCUUCCCCCCACCUCCUUCCGCUUUCCCCCCCCGCCCUCCCUCCCCCCCAGCUUCCCCUCAACAUCCUAUCCACUCUACCCUCCGCCGCUCCCCCUGCUCCUCCCGCUCCCCCCGCUUCCCCCGUCCCCCGUCCUUCCCCCGCCCUUCCCCCCACCCGCACCUCUCCCCACUCCCCGACGCUCACCUCAUCUCCCCCUUCCGCCCCACCUGUUUCCGCUUCCUGCUCUGCUAAAUCUCCGACCGACACCCAUUGCCCUUCCCCCUCCUCCUCUUCCCCCUCCCCCUGA